CUCCAGCCAGACGCUCUCGUUAUCGCCCGUGAACCUGCCGUCUUUCGUUCUCCGGUCUUCACGUUGAAUGCUUUGAGAAGAGUGUUCCAACAUACAGUUCUGGGGCUCUCCUGCACUGGAGUGGUCUGACGGGUCUCGCAACUGGCCCAGGCCAAGCACGAAUAAUCUUUCCUGAUCACAUCCUCUUGGUGGAGUCUGCUAGUGGAAUCAUGGAGGACUUCAACAGUGAGACCGACAGUGACUACACUAGCUACUGGAGAGAUUGGUUCAUCUCCUCCCGUGGAAACGAGUAUUUCUGCGAAAUCGACGAGGACUAUUUGACCGAUCGCUUCAAUCUUACCGGCCUGAACACCGAGGUUGCCUACUACCAGUAUGCCUUGGACCUGGUGACUGACGUGUUCGACCUCGACGCGGACGACGACCUGCGCGAGCAAAUCGAAAAGUCGGCGCGUCACCUUUACGGAUUGGUUCAUGCUAGAUACAUUGUCACUACCCGGGGUCUCGCCAAGAUGGUUGAGAAAUACAAGCGCGGCGACUUCGGAAAGUGUCCCCGUGUCAUGUGCGAAGGACACCCCCUCCUGCCCAUGGGCCAGCACGACGUUCCCAACCAGAGCACCGUCCGCCUGUACUGCCCCAAGUGCGAGGAUAUCUACAACCCCAAGUCGUCCCGCCAUGCCUCGAUUGACGGCGCUUACUUCGGCACCUCCUUUCACAGCAUGUUGUUCCAGGUGUACCCCACCCUGCUUCCCGAGAAGAGCAUCCGCCGCUACGAGCCCCGUAUCUUCGGCUUCAAGGUGCAUGCGAGCGCCGCUCUGGCCCGUUGGCAGGAUCAGUUCCGGGAGGAUAUGAAGGCGUCUCUUCGUGAGGCCGGCGUGGAAGCCAAAUUCGCGGAAGAUGCCAGCGAAGACGAAGAACUGGAAGACGACGACGACGAACCCCUCGAGACCAAGGAAGAGAAAGUCGCCGGGGAUGCUGCUUCUGGCCGGAUGGAUCUGGGCAACUGAUGGCGCUCCCUCGUAAUAUCUUCUUCAUUGGAGUUCUCCUUCUGCUUCUUUCUCAUCCACUUGCAUAGGGGCAUGCAUGGUGCAUUUGCAUUUGAUUGCACGUGUGGAUCUCUUCCUCGGUUUCUGCG